CUCCCUCCUGCCAGUGGUUCUUCCCAGCAUCUCUCCAGCAGCAGACUCAAAGACUUGUGCGACCAUCGCGACGCGCAACAGAAGGCUCCUUCUCACCAUCCAGGACCGUACGGCGCACAGGACAACUUUCCCUCACCGCACCACACAUGGCUGUGCCUUUGCGCAAAAGCGUCUUGGAAGAAACUGAUGGGAUCCUAAGAUAGAAAAGACAGCAGCAAACUAGCUCAAAGGAGAAUUUUUUUUCUUUCUUUCAAGAGACUAUUCUCUCUCUGUCCAGACAAUGUUCUCAAAACGCAUAACAGGAUAUCCAAUUCUUACAGUGUAAUCAUCCCGCUGUAGCAGCUCCGACGCAUAACCCGAAAUCCUCGCUUCAGAGAUGGAUCUGUGGGGAGUUUAUCUGUUUCACCUCAUAACUUUGGCCCUGUUAGAGGUUAUUCUGGCUGGCAGAGACUGCUUGGUGGCUGGAGACUCCUGUUCGAGCGAUGAGACUUGCAGUCCUCGUCUACGUACUUUGCGUCAGUGUGUGGCAGGCAAUGGCAGCAUGAAGCUGGGUCCCGGUGCCAGAAGCCAGUGUGCCAACGCAGUGUCCGCCCUACUUUCCAGUCCUUUACAUGGCUGCCAGUGUAAACGAGGAAUGAAGAAGGAGAAGAACUGCCUGAGCAUCUACUGGAGCCUUCACCAGUCUAUCAUACAUGGGCUCAACCUGGUGGAGAGUUAUCCCUAUGAGACGGUGCAGAGGGAUUACGAUUAUGUCCGCUUGGCCUCUAUUACAGCUGACUCUGAUGUUGGCAUGACAACUGUGAAUCGCUGCCUGGAUGCAGCCAAGGCUUGCAAUGUGGACGACUUGUGCCAGAAGCUUCGCACAGAAUAUGUCUCAGCUUGCAUCAAACCCACUGCCAAGUCGGGCUUGUGCAACCGGCCUAAAUGCAAUAAGGCCCUGCGCAGGUUCUUUGACCGCGUUCCUGCCGACUACACUCACGAGCUGCUCUUCUGCCCGUGUACGGACACAGCAUGUGCAGAGCGUCGCAGGCAGACCAUCGUGCCCAGCUGCUCUUAUGAAAGUGUGGAAAAGCCUAACUGCAUUACACAAAUGAGGAUCUGCAAUGCCGACUAUGUGUGCAGGUCUCGUCUGGCUCAGUUUCAGUACGACUGCGAACCCUCCAAAACAUCUGCCAACGGCUGCAAGCAAGGGAACUUUGGAGCUUGUCUCCUCGCCUACACAGGGCUUAUAGGAAGUACAAUAACUCCCAACUAUGUUGACAACUCCACAUCCAGCGUGGCCCCAUGGUGCUCCUGCUCAGCCAGUGGGAGCCGGAGAGAGGAGUGUGAUAAUUUCCUGGGAUAUUUCACCGACAACAUCUGUCUCAGGAAUGCUCUCAUGACGUUUGGAAGUGAAUCAGACCAGCAGCCGACUCCAAGCCAGUACAGCACAACCAGCCACGGCAGCGGAGAAAACAGAAGCACGACUUCUCCACCAGAAACCGUAGAAACUAUGAGGAACUUUCUGGAUACGAUAAUGCCAACACAGGCCCUGGGAAAUGAGCUACUCGUGGGUCACUCCACCCUGCCAUCCAAUAGCCUGCCAAACUCUGCCUCACCUCGCAGCCUAAUGCUUCAAGCUGCCUCCAGCCUUCUGUUGUUGCUCCUUCAUCUCCUCAACAAUGGACACUGAAGACUGCAGGAGAAGCUAAGACCCUCCUAGUAUUGAGCAGAUUGAAUGAACAGUGCAGUUAAGAGGAAAAUGAACCAUGUGGCGUUAUUCCUUCCUCUAAAUAUGUACAGCAAUUUUGUUUUUCUAUUUUUGUGUCAGAACAGUCCGGCUCAACCUGCCAGUGUUCUCACUCAGAGUGUGGGAACCUUCUGCAGACAGAUGCCAGUCUUUACAUUUGUACAUUACUGUUGCGAUCAAGUCAAGUUGAAAUGAAGUCACUGCUGCGUUUGUGGACUAACCCAGUUUUCAACUAUCCAGUUGUAUCCGUAUUCAAAGUUACAAUUACAUAUAAAGCAGAUGUGUAUGAUACAAAGAGAUGAAGUAUGUAGCUGUGAAGAUUUGCAUUACCAACAGAAGGUCUUGUUUGAAGUAGUGUAUGGGAAAAUAACUGCAGUAAACCAGUGAACUUGAUAUUUUCUCUGGCCUCAGUGUAUAAAGUGUUCAGAAAGAUGCUGGAGAAGACUCUCCACUGACUCAAACAGGACCUUUAUUUCUGUCCAAUGCUGGAAUAGUGAAGAAUCAAAGAGACAAUCCUGGACGAGUGCACUGAUUCUACAAUGUCCAGCACCACUAUUGAGAAGAGAUGUGGCAAACAACCUUGACAUAUUAAUCAUCCUUUCCAUCGAGACUGUUGGCCUUUCUCGGACUCUCUCACACCAUGUCAUUUGUUAUUGUUAAAGCUACCGAAGCUGUUUAUAGAAAAUAUAAGUCCUUGGUGUUGAUCAGCAAAGACAGGUUUGUGGGCUUGAAAGGAAAUGACCAGAGAAGCAGUAACUCUUUACCUGUGCUGCUGUGCUAUGUGUUUGUGAGCGUAAUACCCUUUUAUUUCUCAUUGUGUAAGUGAACAUUGCUAUACUGAACUCUGAGUUUUCGUGCCAGAGACGGAAGUGAAUGAUUUGAUUUAGUGAGUGUCGCCAACACCAGUACGGAGCCUGUUAGAGAUUUGACAGUAAUGAAUGAUUCAGUAUUUUCUGUUCUUGGGACCUGCUAGAGAAUUCUGAACAGGAAGAGAGGUGCGGCAAAUAAAAGUUCUCAGAUCAUUAUGUAUGCACAUCAUAGCAUCAUUCAACCUUUCUUUUUUAAUUAAAUGAAAAAUGCUUUGUUAGGCGCUAUUGAAAUGAACGCUCUUUGAGUAUGUUUUUCAGGACACAGACAACGCCUAAAUGAAAUUGUGUUUACCUAAACAGUUGUACAACUUCCAGGAGCACUUUGGAGUGCAUUAUUUGAAGUGGGACUAUAACAGGAUUUACAGCAUAAUCCAGCCAUUUGUGACCUACUGAUCUGUCUUAAAAAGCUUAUGAGCUGCUUCACUGCUGAGCCUCUGUGAUUAUAUGCUGCUUACUUGGGCCUCAACGUCCUUUAGGGCCAAAAGAAAAACAAAUUUCAACCCCUAAUGCUGUUUGGAAAAACAACUUACAAGCGAUGUGUAUGUUAACGUUUUAAUUUAUCCGUUAUCUGACAACUUAAACUAUUUUUAGCUCUACUUCACUCCGCAGUACAGCUGCAGCCAGCUGCCAAAGACGAAACUUUCUACGACUAGGAAAGUCUGUAAUCAAUGGCCUGAGGGAGCAUCAUGAGUGGGUGAGACAGACAUGCUGUACAGGAAGUUUAUUUUUAAGACGGGUCUCAUAACAUACCAGGCCCAAUGGAGUAAACAAUACUAUAAUCAAGAAACAAGUAAAAGUUUGCCCAGAAUCUGGUACAGUUUAAUAAAGAUUAAGCAGGUGUUAGACUCAGCAGGAAAAGUGAUGACUUUGUGGAGGAUAUCGGCAGUAAACCAUCACCGUCUACUGUUCUGGUGUCGACGUUUUGCCUUUAGUUCUCUGAAAAUCAACAAUUACCUGAUAACUCGGCUACAACUGCGAAACAAAAUGAUACAAUUAUCUUGUAAUUAGCAUUGCUACAUGUGACAGAAAUGUACAACACUGUCAAAGAUCAGAGGAAACAAUGCUGAACAAACUAAUGCAGACAAAUUAGAUAUACAACUUUGGAUUAAAGGACAAUAUAAUUAUAAUUAGGGGUUUUGCUUUUUUACAAUCUUUGCGUGUAUAUGUAUAUUUGUUGUCAAUUUCUUGUAAAUAUGAUGAAACGCUGCCAGAAAAAUAAUAGCAUACGCAACUUAGUAUGUUAUUCAUCACUAAUAAUUAUGAAAGAAUGGUUUAAAGCUGCUUUCUCUGAUUUAAAUGACAGGGAGAGAAGUCAGGAUUGGCAUGAGUACAUUGCCAAUUUUAAGAUGCAAAUGACAACAAUGUUUGCCAUGAUAAUCAUCUUACAUUUCCUGAUUGACAGUGACCCCAAAAUAAAGUCACUUUUGCAGA